GAUUUUAUUAUAAUUAUAAUAAUAUAACAGUUCUCCCACCUCCAAGUCUCUCUUAAUAAGUCAUCGUAUCAUCGUGGCUUGUGAUAACACAACACUUCCACACUGUGUGUGAGAUAGAGAGACAUCGUAAUGGAUGAGCUGAGACCAAGACCACCAAACUCUUAUGCUCUAACUCCUGUAGGCUUUUUGGACAGGGCAGCAACGGUGUAUGGUGAUUGCCCCUCCAUCAUCUACAAUGACAUAUCCUACACGUGGUCUCAGACUCACAGUCGAUGUCUCCAACUGGCUUCAUCUCUGUCCUCCAUCGGUAUUAACAAGGGCCAUGUCGUCUCUGUCAUUGCCCCCAAUAUCCCUGCCAUGUACGAGCUCCAUUUUGCAGUCCCUAUGGCCGGCGCCAUCCUCAACACCCUCAACACUCGUCUUGACGCGCGUACCAUUUCCCUCCUCCUCUGUCACGCCGAAUCCAAGCUCCUCUUUGUAGAUCCCAUGUAUGUCUCCUUAGUUCAUGAAGCCAUCUCCCUUUUUCCACCCAACACCAAGCAUCCACCUCUCGUCCUCAUAGCUGACGAUGAGGUCGUUUCCCAACAAUCUUCACCUACCAUUCACUUUUACGACACCUACGAGAGUUUGGUGGAGAAGGGCGAUCCUGCCUUCAACUGGAUACGACCCAAGAAUGACUUUGAUCCGAUUGCACUGAAUUACACUUCAGGUACGACCGCGUCUCCCAAAGGUGUCGUCCACUGCCACAGGGGUCUCUUCAUCGUGACCCUUGAUUCUCUUAUUGAUUGGUCCUUCCCCAAACAGCCUGUCUUCUUGUGGACCCUGCCCAUGUUCCACUCUAAUGGGUGGAGCUAUCCCUGGGGCAUGGCUGCCGUUGGUGGGACCAACAUAUGUAUCCGUAAAUUUGAUGCACCCACCAUCUAUGGCUUGAUUGAAAAGCAUAGAGUCACUCACAUGUGUGGUGCACCUGUGGUUCUCAACAUGUUAUCAAACUCUCCCACCAUUAUUAAACCCUUAAAGAAUCCAGUCCAUAUCAUCACAGCCGGGGCUCCACCACCUGCCACCAUACUCUCUCGUACUGAGUCCUUGGGGUUCGUAGUGGGUCAUGGUUAUGGGCUGACUGAAACUGGUGGGAUUGUUGUGUCUUGCGCUUGGAAAAGACAGUGGAGUCUUUUUCCCGCAACAGAGAGAGCGAGAUUGAAAGCAAGGCAAGGAGUGAGAACUAUUGGAAUGAAUGAGGUGGACGUGGUGGAUCCCAUUACUGGAACGAGUGUGAAACGAGAUGGGUCAACACUUGGUGAGAUUGUUUUAAGAGGUGGUUGCAUCAUGCUGGGUUAUCUCAAAGACCCAGUAGCUACAGCCAAGUGCAUGACAGAGAAUGGCUGGUUUUAUACGGGAGAUGUAGGUGUGAUGCAUCCUGAUGGUUAUUUAGAGAUCAAAGAUCGAUCCAAGGAUGUUAUCAUUAGCGGUGGUGAGAACUUGAGUAGUGUAGAGGUUGAGUCAGUGCUAUACACGUUUCCAGAUAUUAACGAGGCGGCGGUUGUGGCUCGACCCGAUGAGUUUUGGGGCGAGACGCCCUGUGCGUUUGUGACUUUGAAGGAGGCUUGUUGUAAGAGCACAACAGAGAAGGAAAUAAUUGAAUAUUGCAGGGCUAGGCUGCCACAUUACAUGGUGCCCAAAACAGUGGUGGUUACGGAAGAACUGCCCAAGACAGCAACCGGUAAGAUCCAAAAGGCUCUGCUUAGAGACAUGGCCAAGGACAUGGGCUCAUCAAGAGUCAGUCGCAUGUGAUGUAAUAGAUCACGUAAUCAGGGGUGGAGCUUUGUCCUAUGCAUGCAGAAGCUCAUUAAUAUGAUCCGUAUGAAGCAUGCAGAAACUCAUUAAUAUGAUCCGUAUGAAGCAUGCUGGAUUGCAUAAUCAAAAUUGAGUCCUUGUUCAUGGGUUGGGUACUCAUGAAAAUAUAUAAUUAAAACUAAGUUUAUUUUAAUUUCCAAGUGUAAGCCAUAUGGCUCAGCAGAAGCGUGUUAUGCAUUUUAUUUAUUUACAAUGUAAGAUGUUACGGGUUGUUUCGUUCUGAUUUCAAGAGUUUAAUUAAUUUGGAUA